AUGGCCAUGAAGAGCCGAGUCGCUACUCUUCUUUCUAAAACUAGGUCCUCCAAAGGCAGCGUGAAGCAAGCUACGAUAGAUGAGCUUCGGACAGAGAAGGAGGAGGUCGAGGUUAAGGUCGCUAAGCUCCAGGACGAAUCUAAGGAGAUGCAAUUGAGGGCGGAAGAAGAGAAGCAGACCGCCAUUGAGAAGAUGGAGGAGGCGCAACGCAUUACUGCUGAGCAUGACGAGGAGACCAAGAAACAGAUCAGCGCGGCCGAGGUCUCCGCUUCUGCGGCUCGGGAGACUGUCGAACGAGAAAAGCAAGCAUUGGAGGCUCAGGGCGCUGCGGAACGACUAGGGGCUAGGUUAUCAGAGGUAGUGGAUAGGAAGGACGCCGCCGAGGCCGCACGGGACGCUGCCCUCGAGGAGGCAGAGCGUGCUCAUGCCUCUUCUGAAGAGGCGGAAGCAGUGGCCAGGGAAGAACGACAGGCUCGAGAUAUUGCGAACGAAAGAUGCCGGGAUGCGGAGCUUACCACAGAAACCAAGAUUCAGGAGGCUUAUACGGCCAAUCUACAGAGAGAAUAUGCUCUCAUCCUGCUCGCAGAUAUGGAGCAAGCAAAGUUGAAUGCUGAAGACCGCGCGGUCUCAGAGAAAGUCGCACGAGAGAAUGCUGAGGACGAGAUGCGUCAAGCAGAGGCCCUGUCUGCUGAUCUCGCGGAACAAGUGCGAAAGCUGGGUGAGGAAAAGGAAGGAUUGGUAGCCUCUUUGCGUGAGAUGGAGUUUUCACUCUCUCGUGCUCAGGACGAGCUCGUCCAAACCCAAAUUCGCCUCUCAGAUGCAAAGGAUAACGCCGAGUUGGGAUUGAGAGAAUCCGAGCGUCGCGUUGAAGAGUUGACGGUGUUGGUACAGGAGUGGAGGGAACGAGCAGAGGAUGCUCGAUCCAUGAAUGAGGACUUUGAGCGUGCACUCGAGAAGAGCAGGGACGCCCAAUACGAUGCUCAGAAGCAGGCUGAAGAUCAUCGAAAGGCCAAGGAAAAGGCUGAAGUUGAAAAACGCAGCGCGGAACGUUACUCCCAGAAGCAAGAAGCCCAGGCGAAGAAGGAUCGGGAGGCUGCCAUCUCGGCCAUCGCAGCUAAAGACGAAGCAGAGAGAAAUGCCAGCAAAGCUUUGGAGGCAUUUGACGAAGCGCAACGCAAGUGGAAGAAUGGUGUUCAGCCGCCGACUUCUCCAUCGGAGUCUCAAGUGGAUGCUCUGAGGAGAUCCCGCCAGUUCCGUGAAGGCGUUUUCCACGUCGGGGUAGCCGGUCUCACUGAGGCAGUACCAACCGGCACUCAGUCUACCAAGUCAGUGGGAAGAUACAUCGAUGCCAGACGCAAUUAUCCCCACAUUUGGUAUGAUGUUCCGGGAGCGGGAACGCUUACUGCUCCCAGCUGGAACUACUUCCAUGACCAGGGUUUAUUCGUGUUCGACGCCAUCAUGGUUGUCUGGGACAACCGUUUCACUGACGUCGACAUCGCAGUGCUGGAGAACUGUGUACGACUGAGGAUCCCCGCUUUCAUCAUCCGUACCAAGUCCGAUGUCCAUAUCACCAAUAUCGAAGAGCGAAUGGGGGACGUUGUCGAAGCUGAUCCUACGCUCACCAAUAAGGACCGCAAGUCCCGUUUCACCGUCAUUCCGUUCUCUGCUCGAGCAGAGUACAUAUCGGAGACGCGCCAGGGUGUCGAGCUUAGUUUGCACAAUGCAAACUUGCCUUCCAUGAAAGUCUAUCUCGUUUCCAACAAGACAAUCACCCAGAUCGUACAGGGAGAUAAGAAUAUGAGGAACGUGAGGGUCAUCGACGAAUUCGAUCUCUUGAACGACAUUUGA